UUCACUUCUCAGGAAGUGAGACUCAGACAGUCGUUGUCACUGAGCGAGAGGUGAAAUGGCGCAGAAAGGAGUUCAGCUGGACCGGGAAGCCUUCUCUUGUUCCAUCUGUCUGGAUCUACUGAAGGAUCCGGUGACUACUCCCUGUGGACACAACUACUGCAUGAACUGUAUUAAAAGCCACUGGGAUGUAGAGGAUUGUAAGUACAGCUACAGCUGUCCUCAGUGCAGGAAGAGGUUCACAUCGAGGCCUGACCUGCUGAAAAACAACUUGUUAGCAGAUUUAGUGGAGGAGCUGAAGAAGACUGGACUCCAAGCUGCUCCUGCUGAUCACUGCUAUGCUGGAGCUGAAGAUGUGGCCUGUGAUGUCUGCACCGGGAGAAAACUCAAAGCACACAAGUCCUGUCUGCAAUGUCUGGCUUCUUUCUGUGAGAAACACCUUCAGUUUCAUUAUGAAUCAGAGACAUUCAAGAAACACAAGCUGGUGGAGCCGUCCAAGAAGCUCCAGGAGAACGUCUGCUCUCGUCAUGAUGAGGUGAUGAAGAUGUUCUGUCGUACUGAUCAGCAGCUUAUCUGUUAUCUCUGCUCUGUGGAUGAACAUAAAGGCCACGACACAGUCUCAGCUGCAGCAGAGAGAGCUGAGAGGCAGAGAGAGCUCGAGGGGAGUCGACAAAACAUCCAGCAGAGAAUCCAGGACAGAGAGAAAGAUGUGAAGCUGCUUCAACAGCAGGCGGAGGCCAUCAAUGUCUCUGCUGAUAAAGCAGUGGAGGACAGCGAGAAGAUCUUCACUGAGCUGAUCCGUCUCCUGGAGAAAAGAAGCUCUGAUGUGAAGCAGCAGGUCAGAUCCCAGCAGAAAAGAGAAGUGAGUCGAGUCAAAGAGCUUCAGGAGAAGCUGGAGCAGGAGAUCACUGAGCUGAAGAGGAAAGACGCUGAGCUGAAGAAGCUCUCACACACAGAGGAUCACAACCAGUUUCUACACAACUACCCCUCACUGUCACCACUCAGCCAAUCAACAUCCAGCAUCCAUAUCCGUCCUAUGAGCUGCUUUGAGGACGUGACAGCGGCCGUGUCAGAAGUCAGAGAUAAACUACAGGACGUCCUGAGAGAGAAGUGGACAAAGGUCUCACUGACAGGGACUGAAGUGGACAAGCAGAGGACUGAAGUGGACAGGCUGAAGACUGAAGUGGACAAGCUGAAGCAACAACAGCUAGAACAAGCAGCACAGCUGAAGACUGAAGUGGACAAGCAGAAGCAAGACCUGAAAGUCCGACAGGUUGCAUUCUCAGCCUCUCUGGUGGCUGGAAGCCAAGCAGUGACUAUUGGACCCUUUCCCUCAGACACUCUUCUGAUCUACAAACACGUCCCCACCAACAUUGGAAAUGCCUACAACUCAAACACAGGUGUGUUCACUGCCCCGGUGAGAGGAGCGUACCACUUUGAGUGGUGGGUCGCUGCACAUGGGGACAACGGCGCCCACGCUUCAGCUGCUGUGUUGGUCAAGAAUUCAGAGAAUGUUUUCAUGGCAUAUGAGCGACAGACUCAACAUUUUGGGACUUCUUCUAAUGGUGUCACACUGUUGCUGGAGGUGGGAGAUGUCGUGUUUGUGCGUCUGGUGGCUGACACUUUGGCGUAUGACAACGCAAAUCACCACACCACCUUCAGUGGGUUUCUGCUGUUCCCCAUGUAAGACAGAAAAAGCAGCUCUGAGAUAGUCACGCAGGCUUUUUCUUCAUAGCACUUUAUAUAUUUAAACUGAUUUUCAUCUGCAUCCAAAUA